CUAGACCUGCUGGCUAGAAAAAUGCGGUGGGACACACACAGACAAAUUGAUUCCCACGAUGUACCAACGUCAUCGUGGUAAGGGCUCCUCGAUGUAACUCUAGGUAGGCAAUAGAAUCACUAAAAAAAGUGUAUACUGUAACAUUUCGUAUUACUUUUAUACUACUGCCCUUUUCAACACACCCGCAUCCGCACUCAUAUCAUAGUAAUGCUAUACUCGAAAUCAUUUUCCCUACUAAUGCAAUUCCAUAUUUCACAAUGAACUGGCAUAGGGGACAUACGACGACAGCGACAGAACCCGCUGUCGUGAAGCCUGAAGGCGCUGGUAAAAAAUUGAGGCGGAAACUGCAAAAAAUCGGCACCCAACCACGCUGGUAUAAAUCGAACCACGACAGCAGCAAAACCAACCACAAAAACGAGGACGAUACCAAGAAAGCGGUAAAAUCCAAAAUCAAUGUCAGCGCGAUAAGUAAACCAAUUCCAGAGACGGCCGAUCCCAAUGAUGGCAAAUGGCUCGAACAACUCCGAAAGAGCGGUUAUCUCGUUCGGAGUCAACCUCCUCCCGUACAACAGAACAGUGGCAAACCAUUCCGACAUUCGAUGCAAGUAAUCCCCGAGUUCGCGCAUCUAUCCGUGAACGACGCGAAAGCGGGACGACAAUUAGAUAAGCGAGCAUCAUGCGCGACACCCUCUUCUACAUCUACAUCUACAACAUCGGUGACGCGACGGUACGCGAAAACCCCCGUCUACCACAUCGGACAAUUGGAAGACCGGCAACGACGCGAACAACAAGCCGCUGCCCAUCGAGUCUCAAGCGUAGAAAAAAUCGCAGAGUCCUACCGCGCACUUUUAGAAUCAAGCUGCGCGAUCCUAAAUGAAAAUGAACAGCCAUUGCGACUUGGCGAUGCUUACCGCCGCCGCCACGACGCGAAGGUGCAUGCGUAUGUCGACAAUAGGCGAAAUACAAUCCAAAUAAUUCCCGAACUCUCGCCCCAAUCUACAGGAACGCCUCACUCGGAUGACGGGACACUAGUCGCGUUCGAAGAGGAACCUGUAUACACAAAACCAGGCUCAUCUCCUGUCCCAAUAUCCAUCUCACCCUCACCCUCACCGCCCCCAAUCCCACCAGCCCGUGAACUACGCCACCGACAACUAGUACCAGCAUUAGCACCCUUAUCAACACCACCGCGACGCCAAUCCCAAUACCAACCUGAACCCGAACCCGAACCUGAACCUGAAACCGACCUUGAAUCCAUUCUCAGCCCCCCAUCGCGACGAGCGUCACCCGGAAGUCCUGGUCUACAAAUUUGUCUCGAUCUACUAGGUCGGGAACUCUCGUCAGCAGCCAGCGGAUCAUUCAUGCGACCUAGCUCCGAGACCUCGGCACUGCAAGUAUGGGUUAUGAUCGAAGCAUACGAGAGGCUACGCGACAAGCUCGGGGAUAUGCAAAUGGAUGCAGGUCAGGAGCGAUCGCUGAAUACUAUGCUGGAUACCUGGAUCAAAGCUUUAUACGCAGUUCAUGAUAAGAUGACCGGUGGUGAUGGACGAGGGAGUGAAAGUGAUUACGGUGAUUAAGCACGACUACGAGAAUGAGUAUAACGAUGAGUUGGGGAAGUGUUCAGAAUUGGGGAUUGGAGAUUGGAGAUUGGAGACUCUUCGGAUUUAUUACCGGGUUUAUGGAUUAGAAUAUUAAGUUGUAAUUGCUACCUUACUAACUAGGAAACUAACUUUGAAGCUAUAUCGGCUUCUGGGUCAAAUUGGAGUGUACCAGGUAUAGGUACGGGCAAGUUUUAGAUUUUGAACUAAAUUGCGGUUUGCACUAGAAGGCAUUAUUUGGGAAUAUGGGGAAGGUAUACCUUGGGAUCAUUUAGCAUCUACUGGGAGGAUUUGCAUCACCACCCAACUUUGUGUAAUGGUAAUGACAUUACGAAGCCGAAGUUUAAUGUUAAGAAUUACCUAAACCAUCAUGACCCCACUAUAUCAACCAUUUUGGCGUACAAAAACGAAUAUCAUAGGUGGGGUGAGGUGACACAAAUACACACUUUCUCUUAUCUAAUGUACUUUAUCAACGCGGUUCGACGCGUAUGUAGCUUUUUAUA